GCAAUGUGAGCCAGCUGCGUCAGCCAACGGGUAUCCCCUAACUGCACACGUUGCCCCCGAAGGGACUCCGCCAGGCCCACCUCUACUUGAUAAACCGCCGUCAACUCUUUCUCCUCUGGAACCUCCUGCAGGUAUCAUUCCUUGUGCCAUGUGAGGAUUCAUGUGAUUGAUCCUGAUCCACUUCCACAAUCUCUUCUCUAGGUGAUGGACGAGCAACCGAUCCAGGUGAGCGACGAAGAGCGAGUGGUGUUGCGAGAAGACAGCCGGAGGCGGCGACGAAGGAAGGCCAUCACGUCGUCCUCCUGCGCCUCCAUGGAUCACGUUGUCGUGGAGUUCGUUCUCCCCACAUCAUCGCAGGGCGGCGACUGCCCUGACUCGCUGCAAUUAGAUGUUGCGGGAAACUGGACAGUGGAACAGGUGAAGGCUCAGGUGUGGCUCAAUGCAGUGACGUCCAACCUCUGUCCGGAAUUCUACCAGCGGUUUUCUCCUGACCACUGCAUCUUGCUCUACCAGAAGAAAGGCAACACGUGCGAGAUCUACGAUAAGCACCAAGUCUUCCAGACGCUGGACUGCGUACACUACUGGAGAGCUCUGAAGAAGGACGUGGGCCGGCUGAAGCUGGUGCCUCGUCCGCAGCCCUCGGACGAGACCCUUCAGUACCAGCGGUUCCUCAACUACCUGAUCGGCUACGACGUCACCGACGUCAGCAACGUGCACGACGACGAGCUGGAGUUCACGCGCAGGAAGCUGCUGACACCGCGACGCAUCGAGCUGUCCGAUCGCGACACAAAGUUCUACUCCAUGGACCCCUGGGUGACACACAAGCCGCUGCCUGAGCACCUCCAGGGGAAGGUCAGUAACGGCCACGUUCUGGUGGUAAUCCACAUCAGCAUAGCCAGUCAAACCAUCAAGGUGUCCAUUGACGACACACCAGCACAGGUGUUGUCCAGCUUCUUCUCCAAAACAGCAAAUAAGAGAGGGUUGCUGGGGAUUCCUGACAACACGUGCGAGGCAGACUUUGUGCUACGCGUGUGUGGCAGGGAGGAGUACCUGUAUGGAGAUAAACCACUGUACAACUUCAACUGGAUCCGUCAGUGUCUGAAAAACGGCGAGGAGAUCCACUUGGCUCUGGAGACGCUGCCGGAUCCUGAACUGGAUCUGGUCCACGAGGAGGACUGGGCCCAAGUCGACGAUUGCACUGGUGUCGCAGGCACGCAUGAGCAGCUGACCAUCGACGAGAAGGACCACGAGCGAGUGUUCACCAUCUCCAUGUGGGACUGCAACAGAAAGUUCCGGGUGAAGGUGAUGGGAAUCGACAUCCCAACUCUUCCCAAAAUUCCCGACUUUGUCGUGUUCAUUGAGGCCAGCAUCUUCCACAGUCAGCAGCUUCUUGCUCAGGAGCGGACGGCCCCCAAGACCUUCAAUGAAGAGGUGUUGUGGAACUGCUGGUUGGAGUUUAACAUUAAAAUCAAGGACCUGCCUAAAGGCUCUCGACUCAACCUCCAGGUGGUGUGUAGGAAACAGCCCCAGACUCCAAACUCAAAAGGACCUUCUUACCAGGAUAACACAUCAGGAGGUGGAAGUCACGACGGCAAGACGAAGAGCCGCCUCUUGUACUACGUCAACCUGCUGCUGAUAGACCACCGUUCGCUGCUACGCCAGGGGGAGUUUGUCCUGCACAUGUGGAAAAUGCCAGAGAAGAGCGAGGAGAGCAGCAGCAGCAGCAUCAACGCCGACAAGCUGACGUCGGCCACCAACCCGGACAAGGCUUCGUCCAUGGCCGUCGCCAUCUUACUGGAUAAGUACUGCUACCCCGUGGUGCUUCCCAAGAGCCGCGACCUGAGCCGGGACGGCGGUCACGCAGCGGAGGACGCCGAAGGAUGCGAGCGAGGUCAAAGGGAGAUGCCAAACCACCUGAAGAAACAGUUUGGAGCCAUCGUGGCCACCGACCCCCUACAUCCAUUGAGUCCUGAGGACAAAGAGCUACUCUGGCAUUUCCGACACGAGUGUAUGCGUGACGUGAGGGCCUAUCCAAAGCUACUAUCUUCAGUCAGGUGGGGGAAACGGGAAGAUGCCCUCGCCACCCACCGGCUGUUGGAGCGCUGCACUGCAUGGGACAGCAGUGUUUUGGACGUCGGCUUGGCCAUGCAGCUGCUCGACUGCCACUACUCUGACGCACAGGUCCGUUCCAUGGCCGUGAGGAAGUUGGAGACGCUGGAGGACGACGACGUGCUGCGAUAUCUUCUGCAGCUUGUCCAGGCGGUCAAGUUUGAGCCCUACCAUGACAGCGCCCUGGUCAGGUUCCUGCUCAAGAGAGCUCUAAGGAGUAAGCGUAUCGGCCAUUUCCUCUUCUGGUUCCUGCGCAGUGAGAUCGCCCAGUCCAAGCAUUACCAGCAGAGGUAUGCGGUCCUGCUGGAGGCCUACUUGCGAGGGUGCGGCGAGGCCAUGCUGCAGGAUUUUGGGAAACAGGUGGAGGUGACCGAGGCUCUGCAGAAAGUCACCCGAGAGAUCAAGACUAUGUCUGCAGACAAGUAUGACGUCACAGCACAAGUGGUGUGCCAGAUGCGUCAGAAGCUGGAGAUCCUCCAGUCGUCUGGUCUUCCGGAGGGUUUCAGGGUCCCCUAUGAUCCAGGUCUUAGAGCUGGAGGGCUGCUGAUCGAGCAGUGCAAAGUGAUGGCGUCCAAGAAGAAGCCGCUGUGGCUGCAGUUUAAAAGGGCCGACCCCACCACUCUGUCCAAGGACCCCAUUGGUAUCAUCUUCAAGCACGGUGACGACCUCAGACAGGACAUGCUCAUCCUGCAGAUUCUGCUGAUCAUGCAGUCCAUCUGGGAAACUGAAUCUCUGGACCUGUGCUUGUUGCCUUACGGCUGCAUCUCCACCGGAAACAGGAUAGGUAUGAUAGAGAUCGUGAAGGACGCCACCACCAUUGCUAAUAUUCAGCAGAGUGUCGUCGGAAGCACCGGAGCCUUCAAAGACGAAAUCCUUCAUCAGUGGCUGCGGGACAAGUGUGUCAGCGAAGACAAGUUUCAACAGGCUGUGGAGAGGUUUUUGUAUUCCUGUGGCGGUUACUGUGUGGCCACCUAUGUCCUGGGCAUAGGCGAUCGCCACAAUGACAACAUCAUGAUCACUGAAUCUGGGAAUCUCUUCCACAUUGACUUUGGUCACAUCUUGGGGAACUACAAGAGCUUCAUGGGAAUCAGUAAGGAGUGGGUUCCUUUUGUGCUCACGCCAGACUUCUUGUAUGUCAUGGGAACGUCGGGAAAGAAAAGCAGCCCACACUUCCAGAAAUUCCAGGAUGUGUGUGUGAAAGCUUACCUCGCUCUUCGGCACCACACCAACCUCCUCAUCAUCCUCUUCUCCAUGAUGCUGAUGACCGGCAUGCCCCAGCUGACCAGCAAGGAGGACAUCGAGUACAUCCGCGAGGCGCUCACCGUCGGCCACAGCGAGGACGAGGCGCAGCGCCACCUCCUGGACCAAAUCGAAAUCUGCCGCGAGAAAGGCUGGAUGGUGCAGAUAAACUGGUUUGUUCACCUGGUGCUCGGGAUCAAGCAGGGGGUGGAGAAACGGUCCACAUGAGUGUUACUCAGCACCAGGAAAAUUUAGCAGGCAAGAUGUGUGGAAGACAAUUUAAGAAAGAACAAAGCGUGAUCUGAAUUUGUUAUAAAAAUAACAACAAUGCUCGUGAUAUGCUAAAUUAUAUCUACUUCUUUUAUACAGUGGUGAUAGUUCAUCCCAUUACUGCUUUGACCAAGUCAAUUGUAAAGUUUUCACGUCCCUGUAACAGUUUCUAUACGGGUUUUCCCACUGCAGGUCUUAAUGUUUCAAAAAAUUGGCAUAAAAAAUGUAGCGUUCCUUUUUAGCGACUUUCCUUGUUGUAUGACCUUUUGUGGACAAAUGCCAUCGCUGUAUAGCGGUUCAUCGACUGCGGCCUGGCUAUGGUGAAGAUGAUUUUUUUUUAAGCAUAUCUACUAUGCAUAAAUCCCCGCUAUAUAAAACUUUGCGGUUUAUAGUGAUUGAAUUUUAUGGGAUUUUACAGCUUUUUACGUUAAUGCUUUAUUUCAAUUCGCUCUCAACAUAACAACCAGCUAUCGCGUACCUUAGGCAUUGCUGCCAUCUAGGGGUAUUCACAGCACACAGGACUUGUAACAGUAUAGUAUAUAUUUUUUAAUUGUUCAAAUUUGUUUAUAAUGUGUUUAAAAAAAAAUUAUGUUUUAAUAAGUUUACAUGUGUUUUAAAGCGUGUGGGAGGGGUAAAACUACUUUUAUUAGUUUUUGAUGUGUCUUUAUAUGUCUCUUGAUGCAGGCUCAGCCUCUCCUGCAUCAUGAAGACUUAAAAAAAAAUAAAGAAAUGAUUGACUGAUGAAUAAAUCUUCUUCAUUUUAAAGCAA